CUCCGCCCGCCCGCCCGCCCGGGCCCGGCUGCGGCCCGGCCCGGCACGAUGCUGAACGUGACGCCGUCGGCCUUCCCCGCGCCGGGCUCCCAGCAGCGAGCGGCAGCGGGUGCCCGCAGCAAGGUACCUUUAAAACCAGGAAGGAGUCUUAUGGAUUGGAUUCGGCUAACUAAAAGUGGGAAGGAUUUGACUGGUUUGAAAGGGAGGCUGAUUGAAGUUACUGAAGAUGAGCUCUCUAAACACAACAAAAAGGAGGACUGCUGGAUAUGUAUAAGAGGAUUUGUAUAUAAUGUCACACCAUACAUGGAAUACCAUCCAGGUGGUGAGGAUGAACUAAUGAAAGCAGCAGGAACUGAUGGUACAGAUCUCUUUGACCAGGUUCAUCGUUGGGUCAAUUACGAAUCAAUGCUGAAGGAAUGUCUUGUUGGGAGAAUGGCUGUCAAGCCCGUUGCUGCUCCGAAAGAGAUUUCUUCUGCUGUGUCUGAAGACAAGAAACAGCUUAAUGGUGUGCUUCCUGAGAAGAAAGUACUGGCUUCUUCUGCUAAAGAUUUAAGUCCCAGUUAUGACUGGUUCCAAACAGAUAGUUUGAUCACAGUUGUCAUAUACACUAAGCAGAAGGACAUGAAUGCAGACUUGGUGAUAGUUGACUGUCAAGACAAACAAUUAAGGGGAGAAAUCAUCAUGGAUGACCACUCAUAUCUUGUAAACAUUGACUUGGAUCGUGCAGUAUCAGAAGAUGUGGCUGUAAAUAUUGCUGAAAAAGUAGGGAAAGUAGAGAUUAUCUUAAAUAAAAAGGAUAACGUUCAUUGGAAAAUGCUGGGACAGCCCUGUGAGGGUCAUAAUACUUUUAUCAAACGCACAGACAGAGGACUGUUCUACAGAAAAUGCAAGUUGGUUUCUAAGACAGAAGUUACCCAUGACACCAAACUCUUCUGCCUAAUGUUGCCUAAGGGAACACAUCUCCGUGUUCCCACUGGACAACAUGUUUACCUCAAACACAUUAUUGCAGGGACAGAAGUAGUAAAACCAUACACACCUGUGUUGCCUUUUUUGCCACUGGAUUUCCAAGAACCACCUUGCCAUGAUGGUGUGCACAUAUACUUAAUGAUUAAAAUUUAUUCCCAUGGACUGUUCACACAGGCACUUGACCACCUACAAAUUGGAGACUAUAUUUCUGUCAGCAAUCCUGAAGGCAACUUCAAGAAGUCACAAGUUCAAACUUCAGAAGAUCUCCUUUUAUUGGCAGGAGGCACAGGUUUCACACCAAUGGUUAAGCUGCUAAAUUUUGCUCUGACUGAAGUUAGCUGUCUGAGGACAGUAAAGCUGAUCUUCUUCAACAAAACUGAGAAUGACAUACUCUGGAGAAACCAGCUAGAGCAAUUAGCUCUUAAAGAUGAAAGGUUUGAGGUUCAGUUCAUUCUUUCACAACCAUCAAAAGACUGGGUAGGUAAACAGGGGAAGAUUUCUUCAUCUCUUCUCUCUGAGUUUGUGAAAAGAAGCAGAAGAGAUUCCAAAGUGCUUAUCUGCAUCUGUGGUCCAGCACCUUUUACAGAACAAGGAGUACAAUAUCUGAAGGACCUUGGAUACUCCCAAGAAGAGAUACAUGCUUUUACUGCAUAAACCCAUAGGAGGAUAUCAAUGUUUGUUUGUAUAAUUCAAUGUUAUUUAUUUAUCUUCAUGAAUUUAAAAAAGUGAGAAACAAUUUUGUAAGACUUGAAAUUUCACUCUUGGUACCAAACUGUUUCUUGGAAGAAACAUAUCUUGGAAAAGAAGUUUUAUACUGUGUUUUAUCUUCUUUUUGUAAAUAUUUUUGCUAAUAUUUAAGUCAUCCAGGGUAUUAAUUUAUUGUAGAGGCAAGCAAAAAAGUGUAGUAUACAUAAUGUCAGGUGUUUCAUGUUGUUGGUCCAUGAGAAUUCUGAAAUUUGCGACAAGCUCUGAUUAAGGUUUUGACUUGAUAAAGCUUAUUAUUUCUUACUGUAAAAGUCCAAAGAGCAAUACUGUCUGAGAUUAAAUAUUGCACUGUAACUCAGGUAAUUGAUCAUUGAAAAAUUUUCCUUUUCAUCUGAUGUCUCUUAUUUGACUUGCAAGUGAUCCAGAUACAUUUCUGGCUUUGUAAACAAAGAAGAAAAGUACCUUUGGUAAAAUAUAAAAUUUACAUCAAAUAAUAAAAAAAUAAUAAUUUUACAUUA